UCGUCCCCAAUACCAUUCUAAAUUAUUCCAGAGCUCAACAGAAUGGCCGCAACGCUCAAACCGUAUCUGACGGCAGUUCGUCACACCCUCACGGCAGCGAUGUGUCUGACUAACUUUUCCUCCCAAGUCGUCGAGCGACACAACAAACCCGAGGUGGAGGUCCGCUCCAGCAAGGAACUGCUCCUGACACCGGUCGUCAUCUCCCGAAACGAGAAGGAACGGGUUCUGAUCGAAACGAGCGUCAAUUCCGUACGGAUCAGCAUCGCCGUCAAGCAGGCGGACGAGAUCGAGAAGAUCCUCUGCCACAAGUUCACCCGUUUCAUGAUGAUGCGGGCGGAGAACUUCAUCGUGCUGCGGCGGAAACCGAUCGAAGGGUACGACAUCAGCUUCCUGAUCACCAACUUCCACACGGAGCAGAUGUACAAGCACAAGCUGGUGGACUUUGUGAUUCACUUCAUGGAGGAGAUCGACAAGGAAAUCAGCGAGAUGAAGCUGGCCGUCAAUGCGAGGGCCCGUAUCUGUUCGGAGGAGUUUCUGAAGCGGUUCUAGACCAGGGCAGUAGGGGUAGAUGCAUUUUACAGUCGAU